AGGGGGAGCCCCGGGCCAGGCAGCGCCGAGCCCGCGGAGCGGCCGGGGACAUGUCCAACCAAGGGGCCCGGCGGAACGGGCCCGUCAAGCUGCGACUGACAGUACUGUGUGCAAAAAACUUGGUGAAAAAGGAUUUUUUCCGACUUCCUGAUCCCUUUGCUAAGGUUGUAGUGGACGGAUCUGGCCAAUGCCAUUCUACAGAUACUGUGAAGAAUACACUUGAUCCAAAAUGGAAUCAGCAUUAUGACCUAUACAUUGGGAAGUCAGAUUCAAUAACAAUCAGUGUGUGGAAUCACAAGAAAAUUCAUAAAAAGCAGGGAGCUGGUUUUCUGGGUUGUGUGAGACUUCUUUCAAAUGCAAUCAACCGCCUUAAAGACACUGGUUAUCAGAGAUUGGAUCUGUGCAAGCUUGGGCCAAAUGACAAUGAUACUGUUAGAGGACAGAUAGUAGUAAGUCUUCAGUCCAGAGACCGAAUCGGCACGGGAGGCCAAGUUGUGGACUGCAGUCGGUUAUUUGAUAAUGAUUUACCAGAUGGGUGGGAGGAGAGGAGGACUGCUUCUGGAAGGAUCCAGUAUUUAAAUCAUAUUACACGAACAACUCAGUGGGAGCGACCAACACGGCCAGCAUCUGAAUACUCCAGCCCAGGAAGGCCACUGAGCUGUUUUGUGGAUGAGAACACUCCAAUCACAGGAACCAACGGGGCGACCUGCGGGCAGUCCUCAGAUCCCAGGCUGGCAGAGAGGAGAGUCAGGUCACAGAGGCACAGGAAUUACAUGAGCAGGACACAUUUGCACACUCCUCCUGACUUACCUGAAGGAUAUGAGCAAAGGACAACUCAGCAAGGUCAGGUCUAUUUUCUGCAUACUCAGACUGGUGUUAGCACAUGGCAUGAUCCAAGAGUACCUAGGGAUCUUAGCAACAUCAAUUGUGAAGAGCUUGGUCCACUGCCUCCUGGAUGGGAGAUCCGAAAUACAGCAACAGGCAGAGUUUAUUUUGUUGACCAUAACAACAGAACAACUCAGUUUACAGAUCCACGGCUAUCUGCUAACUUGCAUUUAGUCUUAAAUCGCCAGAAUCAACUCAAAGACCAGCAGCACCAGCAGCAGCAGCAAGUCGUGUCCCUCUGCCAGCUGCCGGAUGAGGCUGAGUGCCUGACUGUGCCCAGGUACAAGAGAGACCUGGUGCAGAAACUCAAGAUCCUGAGGCAAGAGCUGUCCCAGCAGCAACCCCAAGCUGGCCAUUGUCGUAUUGAGGUCUCCAGGGAAGAGAUUUUUGAGGAAUCCUACAGGCAGGUUAUGAAGAUGAGGCCCAAAGACCUGUGGAAACGAUUAAUGAUAAAAUUUCGUGGGGAAGAAGGCCUUGAUUAUGGAGGUGUUGCCAGGGAGUGGCUCUACCUCCUGUCACAUGAAAUGUUGAAUCCAUAUUAUGGUCUCUUCCAAUAUUCCCGGGAUGAUAUCUACACCCUGCAAAUCAACCCAGACUCUGCAGUCAACCCGGAACACUUAUCAUAUUUCCAUUUUGUUGGACGGAUCAUGGGGAUGGCUGUGUUUCAUGGACACUACAUUGAUGGGGGCUUCACGUUGCCUUUCUACAAGCAGUUGCUAGGGAAGCCAAUUACUUUGGAUGAUAUGGAAUUGGUUGACCCUGAUCUUCACAACAGCUUAGUCUGGAUUCUUGAGAAUGAUAUCACAGGAGUCUUGGACCAUACAUUUUGUGUAGAACACAAUGCAUAUGGGGAAAUUAUUCAACAUGAACUGAAACCCAAUGGUAAAAGCAUUCCAGUGACAGAAGAAAACAAAAAGGAGUAUGUCAGGCUGUACGUAAACUGGCGAUUUUUACGAGGAAUUGAAGCUCAGUUUCUGGCUCUCCAGAAGGGAUUUAAUGAAGUAAUCCCACAACAUCUGCUGAAGACAUUUGAUGAGAAGGAGUUGGAGCUGAUCAUUUGUGGACUGGGAAAAAUUGAUGUUAAUGACUGGAAGGCAAAUACUAGGUUAAAACACUGUACCCCAGACAGCAACAUUGUGAAAUGGUUCUGGAAAGCUGUGGAGUUUUUUGAUGAAGAGAGGAGAGCUCGACUUCUCCAGUUUGUGACUGGCUCAUCCCGAGUGCCUCUGCAGGGCUUCAAGGCACUACAAGGUGCUGCAGGCCCACGACUAUUUACAAUACACCAGAUUGAUGCCAGCACUAAUAACUUGCCCAAGGCUCAUACCUGCUUUAACAGAAUAGACAUUCCUCCUUAUGAAAGCUAUGAGAAGCUGUAUGAGAAGCUGCUAACUGCCAUUGAAGAAACGUGUGGGUUUGCUGUGGAAUGACCCUUCACAGGCUUACCUGAGACUCUAUUUAUACUCCUGUCAGCCAGAAAGCCCUUCCCUCAGCCAAGACUCAAGAAAUGCUUGAAAAUACAGGAAACUUUCCCUUUUCUACACUAGGACACUGGGAGGGAAAGGACAACUUUGGAAUUUUUUUUUAAUUAUUUUUAUUUUUUAUUUCAAGAAAAUAGGUUCUGUGGUUCCUGCCAUAGGAUCAUUCAGCUGCUAUUAAAAACUAAUAUCUUGAACAUACAGAAUGCUGACUUUUCCUACAUUUCAACAGUUAAGCAGUAUUCUAUACUUAAAGACUACUACUAUUUUUGUAAAAGGUAAUCUAUUAUAUUUGCCUACCUGAUUUCUAUUCUCAGAUACCAAGACACAACUUCAGCAGUCGGUACAAGUCAUGUUUCAGCCUGUUUUAAAUAUAUGAUACUGAACAGCAUCUAUACUUGCUAUUUUUGGAAAAAAUAUUUUGGAUUAUUCUAACUUUGCAUAGCAAGUUGGCUGAAAGAUUCAUUAAUCUUUUUAACUAAAGCCACUUACAUGUUAACUGCAUUUUCUUAUAGUAAAACAUUAUAUUCUGCAAUGUAAAUUCAACUUAAAUGUUACCACAGGGGGCUUUUUUAUAUUUUUCAAGCAUGAAUUACAAAUACAAUGUUUUGGGGGUCCUAUUUAUAUCACUUGUCUGAAUCCUUAAGGAAAAUUUCUAGUGUGAAUGGCACAUACUGUCUUUGGUACAGUACUUGUGUUGCCAUGUGGAACAGACCUUUUCUAAUGAUCAGUGGACGUUUUGAUUUUUUUAAAACAGCAUUUUUCUAACAAGUCUGUCAAGAGUAAUUUUUUUUGUUGCUUUUGACUUUAAACACUGCAUUUUUUCAACUUUUUAAGCAUGCUGAUGAGGUGGUAUUUGACAGCAGAAGCCUGUCAGCAGUUCGUUUCAGAAUCCAUCCUGUCCAGUCAACCAAAGUUUGUUUGAAUGCAGCCAAAUCACGUUUAUAUAUUUGUUGAUGCUAAAGAUAUAUCAGGUAAAACACGUUCUAAUCUUUGUCUAGCUGCUCAUGACACGUGGGUUUAAGUUACAACUAAGGAAAAAUGGUGUAUGAACUGAAAUAUGUGUAGUGUGCUUUGAAAAUGAGGGUUUAAAAGCACAUAAUUUAUUGAUUGUAGGGAUGGAAGUAAGUAUAUAUAUGAAUUAUAACAUGGGUAGAUUUCUUCAAAGGGGAAUAAAAUGCACUACCAGUAGAGGGAACUGGACUUUGAAGUUAGCUUGGGAAUUCUCAGCUAAGAACUGUAUGAUCUGCUCAUGGUGUGUAGAUAAACCAGUCUGCUUAAGAGAUGGUGGCAUUCUCCUCUCAGUGCUGAGAAUAUUUGGGAUAAGUAGCAUUUUUUUUCCAAUCAGUGUUGUGGGGUUUUUUUUAACUUAGGUUACAAUUAAUCAUCAAAUCUGCACUAUUUUUACACUGCCCAUGAGAAGAAAGGCAAGGCUAUUGAAAAUGCUGAAAGAAUGGGAUGUAAACAGCUGUUCAUUUUUUGCAGUGUAACUCACACAGUGAACUUGCUAAUUUUCUGUCUGUUCUGUGGAACUUGAACUUAAUUUUGUUCUGCCAAAUCUGACUGCCACAGUGAGUAAGCUACUACUGGAUGUUGUGUAUUAGAAGAGAGGGCAAUGCACUACUUUUGUAGAAUUGUGGUAAGAAUCUGGUGAGCCAAAUCCACAUAUUCAUUUGAUUUUUUUUUUUUUUUUUUUUGUACAGCUGUUGCAGGAAGGUUUGCUCUAAGAGACUUGUUUCCCAUUCUGGGCUGGCUGCAGAGAUGAGGCUACUUAGGGAUGUAAACAUGAAGCCAAGAGACUUGUUUUAACAGCCAGGUUUGAAAUGUAUCAGACCCUUUUUUGUCUUCAUUUCAAGGGACCAUUGCACUCAUGUAAAUGGCUGGUACCUUUGCAUCUACAAUUGGGAUUCCUAAUCCAGGGCUUCCAGGUAAUCCUUUUACCAGAGAAGCUACCACUAGAGCUUUCCAGGUUGCCUGGAAGAGCAAAGUAGGUUGUUGCCCAGUGUGUUUCUUACUCAGUACUGCUGCCUGAGGUUGGGACCACUGCUUUAGACACUCCCAAAGACCUCUCCUUCCCCCUGUGCAUUUUGAGGAAUUACUAUUUACAGAGAGAAGCCCUUUUGACCACUGUUCACAGGAUGGAUACUCCAAUGUUGUCCAAGUGAUUUAUUUUUUACCCUGAUCUUGGCCAUGCUAUGGAUGUAGCCUCCCUGGUCAUGAAACGUGAAAAAUGUAAAAUCCAGCUUUUGGGAGGAGUCAGGACCCUGUGAGGUGGUUGGAGGGGGAAGGAAUUCUGCUGUUCCCUUUGCACCACACAGCUCAGCCCAGCACUGUUCAAUGACUGUAGUGUCUCUUGGCCACAUCACUGUAGCUGCCUCCCAGGAACCUCCCUGCCAGCCUGCUUACACUGGUAGUUAUGGACACCCUUGUGUCAUAAAAGCUUUUUGGAGGAGGGAGGAGAUGAGCUCUGCAGAAUAGAGACUCCAGAUCAGCUGAUAAAUACCAUUUGCUUUCACAGCAGCCUUAGCAGUACAUCUGUUUGUUCUACCAAACAUUUUCAGAAUGUUUUUAACUGCCAUAGAUAAAUAUUAUAAACUUAAUAUAUUAUAGGCAAAAAUAGACAAGUCUACAUUUGACUUUCCCCAGCUGACAGAUGAGGAUGAAUAUACCAAGUAUUUUGAGUGCCUUUCUACCUUCAUGACUGAGAGCUUUAACUAAAGCACCUCAUUACCUAGUCAGAUCUUUUCCUGAAAAUUUUGAAGGGUUGAUUCCUUUGCAAAAUUUUGUUUCAAGAUCAUGUCAGCUACUUUCCCCUCAAAAAGGUGCUAAGCCUAAUAUUGCAUUUUAACCUUGGACUUUUCACCCCAUGAUUAAUGUGAAUAUUUAUUUCAGUGUGUCCCUCUUACUGGGUUUUUACUUUAUCCAGUCUUUAGUCGUUUUAGAGAGAUGUUACAUCAUGGUUUUAUGCUGUUGCUUUUCAUUAUGAAUGUUUAAUUAUGAACAGUGACUUUUGUAGAUUUCAAAUAUACAGAACACAGUUGAGUUUCAGAGGAUUUAAUUUCUCGAUGUAAAGAGUUUGUAAUGGUGCUUUGUACAGUAUGUAUUCUAAUUUUUUUUUUUUUUUUUGCACAUAGUUUCAGUUUCCCUAAACUGAUUUAUUUGUACCAAAUUUUUUGUGUUGUACUAAAGUCCAGAGCACACAAACCAUUUUUAAAUUCUUAUCCUACAACACUACAUCUGUACUGAACUUCUGGUGCGUUUAAACUGGCUGCAUUGAUGGAAGUAAAAGCUUUGCUUCUAUAGCAUAAGUAUGCAUCAUACAGCUUCAUGUAGCAUGCUACAACUGCUUCAGAUUUUAAACAGCACCACAUAGUUAACAGGUGCCAUUUGUUGUACUUUACACUAUGUAGUAGGUUUCUGGCUCUACCACAACCUCAGAGCUUUGUCUGUAGUUGUAAUUAGUUUAUACAAGUGUAAUUACUCCUCCACAAACUGACAGUUCUUAGUUUAUAAUUUCCAUUGUAUUUAUUACAGAGUGUUUUAGCAUUGGUAUCAUUGUAUUUUCACCCAGCUGUUACAUGAGCUUUAACAAAAAAAAAUCUGUAUAAAAUGGUUUUUAAAUACUUAAUGUAUGUACCCAUGCAGAAGUUGAGCAAUAAAUUGUAUGCUGUUUGCACUGUCACAGCAUCAAUGGUUUUAAAAGGUUUAAGUUUUUCUUAAUUAAAUCUUUACUGUAAAUGUA